UGUUCUAUUUUAUUUCUUGCAUUGCAAAGUUUGCAAAUGGUCGUAUUGUUAUUAUUUAUAUGUUUUUAAAGAAAGGUUAUGUGUCUAAGCGAAUUUAUUAAACAAUCAUCAGGACAUUAAUUUUUAUUGAGAAAAAAAUAUUGCGGCUGAAUUUAACGAGACCUGAUUUAAAGUAUCAACUUUCGCCUACAAUUUCUCACGACAGAUGAAGAAAAUGUGCUAUAAAACACCCUAAGUAUAAGGAUGUGAACAUUUUUAAAAAAAUUAAGUUUGCUAAAGACUCGAAUUUAAUUGAUUCCACAAAAAAAAUAAUGGAAAGGAAUCCCUAUUUUCAUAGGGGCAAUUAUGAUGCCUCUGAGCAAACAUUAAGAAAUAGAAUUUACGGAAAUGAACAAACAAAAAUGAAUCAAUCAAUCAAUAAACGUAAAUCAAUAGAGGAAUCAGCUUUUUACGAGAAUAAAAGAAGACGUGAUAAUAUAUGGACAGCAUCAAGAAGUAGCUCAAACCAAAGAAACACUGUUGCACAAUAUCAGGAGACAAAUUGGAAAUUUAAAGAAAAAUCAUCAUCAAAUACAGUUGAGAAAUUUAAUGAUACCUGUAAAUUUUAUCAACAUCAACAUUCCUAUCCAUAUCGUUUUAUGAGUCAUAUGUAUCAAAUUGAAUUAUCAAUUCUUUGUUUAUUGAGAAAAAAUUCAUUCACAAAAUCUACAGAGCCAGCAAUAUUUAAAAAUUCCAAAGUCGGUCAAUUUAAUAAUAUAAUUCAAUGUUUCGAUGGAGAAUAUUAUUGUAUUCGAGUACAAUACGUUGACACACAUUUCAUAACAAAAACAUUAAAUUGUAAUUCAUUAAUAUCAAAAAUAGGCGAUUUUGCAUUGACAAAUUAUUUAAAUGAAUUUGCAAUGGAAUUAAUUUGUUAUUUAGAUCAAUUGACAGAUGCACCGAAAUAUUUAAUAAUCUAUACAAAUUGUGCAUUUGAUUUGACACAUGAUAAAAAAUUAAAACAAAUUGGAACACAAGAAUGUAAUUUACUUCAAUUGUCAAUAAUAAAUUCAGAAAGUGAUCCCGAUUUAAUUGAAUUAUUAAAAAGUAAUGGUGAAUUUUAUCGAUUUGCCAAUGAUGAAGAGACGAGGAAAAAUUUAUUUUAUCUUGUCAAUUUUUCCAAUGUUGUGCAAAAUAAAAUUAAAAUUGCUGGAUUACAACAAAAUGAAAUAAAAAAAACAUUUUUCAAUCGUUUAGUAUUUGCUGUCAAUCAACCAAAAAUUGAGGAAUUAGUUGAGAUAGUAAGAAAUGAAAUUCGUGAUAAAAAUGUUAAUUUCAAUGUUAUACGUAAGGAAAUAAUGGAUCAAUUAAUUGAAGAAGAGGAACGUAGAGUUGGAGAAAAAAGACAAAAUUUGAUAAAUACUUUUUACACUUAUGAAUUAUUUAUCUCAAGUUUACAUGAAAUGUAUUUGUAUGAAAAUAUUCUCGGUGUGAGAUUUGAUGAAAAAAAUGGAACACACAAUAUUGCAAUGAAUUCAAGAAAUAAUUAUCUCUACUUUAAACCACUUGAAUUAAUAAUUAGUGAACAUGAAGAUUUUACAAAACAGGCACAAUUUUUUUUUAUUAAUACACUUUUUUCUUUUUUUAUUCUCGAAUUAAGUAGAGAUAUUGAUUAUUUUGUUAUUUUCACCAAUGGUAGUCUCACACUCGUUAAAGAAUUGAUAUUGGGUAAAAAAUUCGAGGCAAAAGAUGAAGAGGAAAUAAUUCAUCUUUUAAAAUUCUGUCGAUUAAAUGCUUUGGAAGAGAAAUAUUUUACUUUUAGACAUUCAUUUUUGAAUUCUAAUAAUUUAUAUCAAUUUUCACGUGGCGAUACAAGAAAAAUAAUUUUCGAUUUAUUGACAAUACCCGAGGAAUAUGAAAUGAGAAAUGAAAAAUUUUCAAAUGACAAUUUAAAAGAAAUGUUUUUGGAUAAAAUUGUUUUUGCCGUACGACAAUAUAAUUCGGAGGAAUUUUCCAAAGUAUUAGAAAAAGAAAUUGAUGAGAAACAAAUACCUUAUGAUUUUAUUAAUUUGAAUAAAAUUGCAUUACGCUAUUUAAAAUCACAUGAGAAUGUUCCAAUGACAAAGGAAUAUUUAAUGACAAAUUUUCAUCAAUUGAGAAAUAAUAGACAAAACAUUGAGAAUCGUUUAUUUCAAGAGGAAAUUGAAUUUGCAAAAUUGGUAAUUUCACAAACUGAUACGCCAGAAUUUGGACGUUUUGUGGAUUUUUUAACUAAAGGCAAGGGUAAAAUUUGUUUGGAUACAUUGAGAAGAAAUGGAAUUGAAUUAUCGGCAAUGUCGCAAAUUUUGGCAAAGGCUGGCGUUAAGGAUGGUGAAAAAAGUUUUUAUGAAUUAUACAAUUUAUGGUUUGACAAUGAGGGAAAUAAAACGAAAUUAUUGAAAAUUUUCGAAGGUCAUGGACUUUAUGUUAAAAAUAUUUCAACAAUGUUAAAAGGUUAUGGUUCGAGGAGUGCAAAAAUUUUGAUUAAUUUGUAUAAUUUGUGGUUUGAUAAUUUUGGAAAUCCAACGAAUUAUUUGAGAACAUUACAAAUGGAGGGUGUGAAUUUGUCACAUGUUUCAAUUCUUUUGAGUGGAAUUCGUGUUAAUAGUGUUGUUGAGAGAUUCAAGGGACUCUAUUCAUUCUGGUUUAAUGAAAAUGGAAAUAAAACGAUAUCGUUGAAAAAUUUAGAAAAAAAUGGCAUUAAUUUGACAAUUAUUGUUAAUCUUUUGCAUAAUUCAGGUGAAUCAUUUCCUGAUUUAUAUAAACUUUGGUUUGAUAAAACGGGACGAAAAACGAUUUAUUUGCAAAAUUUGGAAGAUGCGGGAAUUUCUUUAAAUCAAUUGUGUACUGUUAUUAAAGGAUCUGAGGGCGAUGCUGUUUCAGCUUUUCGAAUAUUGUACAAUUUAUGGUUUGAAGCACAAGGACGAAAGACAUUUUAUUUAAAAAAAUUGGAAAAUGAAAAUAUUAAUUUGUCAAUUAUUUUUGAUAUUUUACCCGAAUGUGGCUGUCAUGUUGGUGAAAUUUUUGGUAAUCUUUUUAAUCAUUGGUUUCAUGGUAAUGGAGAGAAAACACAUUAUUUAAAAAUACUGGAAUCAAAAGGUAGAAAUUUAUCUGAAAUUUGUCGACUUUUGAAUGGUGAACGUUUUAAGGCUGUUGAUAAAUUUAAAACACUUGUUUCAUCAUUGAAUUCUGUUAAUUCGCCACUUGAACAAUUAAUUAAUCAAAUGGCGUGUAAACAGGAAAAAAUGGAAAUAAUUUCGGAACAAUUUGAAAAUGUGGAUCAUCAAAGAUUUCCAAGAAAUUUUGAAUAUCGUGAAACAAAAAAAUUAAAUACUCAAGAACAAUUUCAAAAUCAAAAAUUAUUUGAAUAUCAAAAUAAAAGAGGGGAAAAUAGUAAAAAUUUUCCAACAAGAGGAGAAAUGGCAAAUAAUUCUCAAGAAAGAUUUGAGGGGAAAAAUUUUCAAUAUUCAAAUAGUAAAGGAGAAAAUUCAAAUUCUCAAAGAUUUGGAAUUCCUGAUGAAAAUUUUCAAUCUGAUUCAAUAACAGAAUUAAAUAUUCCUCAAAGAUUUGAAAUUCCUGAUGAAAAUUUUCAAUUUGAUUCAAUAGCUGAAUUAAAUAUUCCUCAGAGAUUUGAAAUUUCUGAUAAAAAUUUUCAUUCAAGAAGAGAAACACAAAAUUCUCAAAAAUUUGAAAUUCCUAGUGAAAAUUUUCAUGCAAAAGAAACAAAUAUUUCUCAAAGAUUUGACAUUCCUGGUCAUUCAAGAAGAGAAACAGAAAAUCCUCAAAGAUUUGAAAUAUCUGAUGAAAAUUUUCAAUGUGACUCAAUAACAGAAUUUAAUAUUCCUCAAAGAUUUGAUAUUCCCGUUGAAAAUUAUAAUUCAAGAACAGAAUCAAAUCUUCCUCAAAAAUAUGAAAUUCCUCGUGAAACUAAUUUUACAAGAGAAAGAAAUAUUCCACAAGAAAGAUUUCAAAAUUCUAAUAAAAAUUUUCAAAAUCCCUUAACAAUACGAGGAGAAACGAGUAAAUCAUCAUUUAGUGAAAUAAAUUCGAAAUUUUCAAAUUUUGAUUAUAAAAUAGAGGAUGAUUAUGCAAGCGAUGAAAAUGCAUCGUUUGGUAGUAAUGAAAAUGAAAAUGAAGAUUUUUAUAAUUACGACAAAGAAGAACAAGAAGAAGAUGAUGAAGAAGAAUACAACGACGUUGACGACCAUGAAUUUGAGGAGAAACCAACAAAAGGAAAUACAAAUAAAUUAUGUUCAAAUACACAAUUAAAACGAAAAAUUGCUGCUCUCUUUAAACUUUUUCCCGCUUGGAAAAAAGUAAUACGUUUUAGAGCAAAAUGGAAACGUGUAAUAAGAGAAAUAUUGCCAAUAAUUAAUAAUCCUCAAGCUUUAAAUAGUUUUUUACAGACAAAAUUGCAAAAAAAACGUAUCACUCAAAAUGAAUUUAAUGAUAUUUAUUCGUUAAGAAAUCAUCCACCAUUUGCUGUGAAACAAUUGGAACAUCUUCUUAAAGGUGGUAAAAAAGCAAUACCACGCGAUAUUAGAAAUGAGGUGAAAUUUGCAAAACUUAUAUUUGAUGAAUUUAAUUCGGAAUUUAAUUUACUCGUUAAUUAUCUACAACAAUGGCAAGGUAUGCGUUAUUUAAGUUUUUUGCGUAAAAAUAAAAUUUUACCACAAUAUGUUGGAAGAGUUUUAAGAGGUUGUAAAAAUGCAAAUGAAGUUAAACAAGCAUUAAAAGAAAUGUGUGGAUAUUGGUUUGACGAUAAAGGAUAUGAAAAAAAUUGUUUAAAAAUUUUAACUAAAACAAAUGUGAAAAUACGAUUAUUAUUGUUUAUUAUCGGUGGAUCGGGAACACAUGGAAUGGAGGCAUUUGAUAAAUUAUUUAAUUUAUUGUUCGAUGCAAGGGGACAAACAACUUAUUAUUUGAAAACAUUUGAAAGAAAUGAUAUAAAUUUAGUUCAAUUAUGUACAGUUCUUGAAGAUUCUGGUGCUAAUGCAGCGGAAAUUUAUCAUGAAUUUUAUGAUCUUUGUUUUGAUUCGAAUGGAAGAAAAACGAAAUAUUUAACGAAAUUCGAAGAAGAGGGUAUUAAAUUAUCAAUGUUGGUGACAAUAUUUAAAACUUCUGGUGCAAAAAUAUGUCAAGUAUUUCGUGAAUUGUAUAAUUAUUUAUUUGAUUCACGUGGUAAUAAAACUGUACGUUUGCAAAAUUUGGAAAAAAAUGGAAUUCAUUUGACAUUUGUUGCAAAUGUUUUAAAUAGAAAAGGACCAAAAGCACCUGAAGCAUUUGAUGAUCUUUAUAAAUUUGUAUUCAAUGAAAAUGGUUAUCAUCAAGAACAUAUAAGAAUUUUGGAAAGAGAAUUAAAUAUGAGGGAAAUAUUUGAAAUAAUUUGUGGCUAUGAAACGGAUUUAAAAUGUUUUAAAGAAUUAUAUGAUCUUUGGUACGAUGAAAGAGGAAUGAAAUCAAUUUAUUUGCGAAUUUUGGAUGAGAAUGGAGUCAAUUUAAAAUGUUUGGCGAGUGUAUUAAAAGGAACGGGAUUAUACGCUUAUGUUAUAUUUAAUAAUUUAUUUUCAUUUUUCUUUGAUGAUCAAUUUCGAAAAAAGGAUCAAUUAAAGAAUAUUGAACAAGUCAUUGAAUUAAGGGCAAUGUUAGAAAUUGUCAUUGGUUCAAAAAAAAAUGUUUUCAAUGAUCUUAGAAGUUUAUAUAAUCUUUGGUUUGAUGCAAAAAAUAGAAAAACACGACAUAUUUUGGCUUUGGAGGAAAAUGACAUAAAUUUAAUGGAAAUAUCGGGGAUAUUAUAUGGAACAGGUGGUAAAGCAGUGAGAAAGUUUAAAAAAAUUUUAGACUUUUCGGUUCGACGUAAUUACAGUAAAUAUGAAUUACUUGAACAUUUUCAAAGACAAAAUGAAGAUGAAGAUGAUGAUGAAGAUUAUUAAUGUGUAUUAUUUUUUUUCUAAGUUUUUAUUUUUGAAGAUAAUUGUUUUUUUUUUUUGAUGUUAUAUAGUUUCAAUGAUGAGAAAAUUUUUUUGUUUGUUUCUAUGCGAGUAGGUAUAGUAAAAAAAUUAUUUUAUUUAAAAAGGAGAAAACAAAUAAUGAAACUUGUGAGAAUUGAAGAAAUUCUAUUAAAACUAAUUAUUACUAUAAUUUAUAUACGAUGUUUACUACAUUAAUGUAAUAAAUGUAUAAAUAAACAAUUUUAUAGAAUAA